AUGUUUCAGUGGCGCCCGUACUCGGUCCACCUGACAGACAACUACGAUGAGGACGAGCUGUGGGGAUUGUCUGGCUCCAUCGUCGACAACAUAACGGCUUCCAUGGGACUGCGGUACAAGUACAAGGCCCCAAAGGACAAUAUGUGGGGCUACAGGGUUCCCAACGGAACCUGGACAGGCAUGCUUGGGGACCUGCAGAGAAACGAAAGCGAACUCGCCGUGGGUCCAUUUCUCAUCACCACAGUCAUUGAUGAGGAAUUCUUGUUCGGCUCUGUGUUCCUUGUGGACAACUUGCGCUUCCUGGCUGGCCUCAAACAGCCCUUCUUCAGCGCUGUCUUCAGCAGGGUCUCCCCUUUCGACAUUGAGCUGUGGGUGCUGGUGGGUGUGGCCCUCUUGUUGCUGACCUACAUAAGCGUCAAGCUGGUCAGGCUGCCACGUAUCGAGCAUAAUAAAGGCUUCCUGCGGACGUACGGAGAUAUCUUCUUCAUCUACUUCGCCGCCACCAUGCAGAAACACUCACCAACGGAGCAAGUGAGUGGGGGCGCAGUGUUCCGCGGCCUACACUGCCUCUGGCUGGUGGGCAGCUUUUUUGCCAUGAACUUCUUCACGGCCAGCAUGCGCGCCGACCUGCUCGUCAAAGUCGAGGCACCACGCAUACGCACGACUGCCGACGUGCUGCGAAAUCCCAACACACGCAUCCUGCUGUUCGGCAGCGCUGGCUUCACCGAACUAUUUCUGUACACGGACGAAGCCUCGUACUCGGCCGUGUACGAUCAGGUGCGACGCACCAGCGGCGAGCUCCAUCCGUCCGAGAUAUACACGGACAGCAACUUUCGUGACGUUCUCGCACAAAAGACCGUCAUGCUUCAGGAGGAGAAGGGCACGAUGGAGGACCAGAUUCGGCGCAAUUGUCCCGCCUACAUGGGAAGGGGCUUUUUCUACUUCAGCGAAGAGUCAUUGGGAUUGCUGGUCCUAUCAUGGGUGACCCGCAAAGACUUCGACCCCAUAAUUCAUCGCGAGAUGAACUACAGGAUCCGCUGGUUGGUGGACACCGGAAUGGUGCAGCUGUUCAUGCGCGACGUGUCCCCAGGACCCACUGCGUGUUGGCUGCAACAAGGUCACAAAAGCGACAUGGACAGGCGCAUGCUCGGAUUCGAGGACCUCGAGUCCGUGUUUGUCCUAUACGCGCUGCUACUGCAGUUGGCACUCGCUGCCUUCAUCAUCGAGUGCCUUGGCGCUGCCUACGCCAGAGGCUGUGGUCGGUUCUGCCACGCUAUGAAACGCAGAUGUUUCUAG